AUGAUGUCUCUCCUUGCAAAUGCCCAAAUAUGUGUGAGCCCCUCAUCCCUCCUUGGAAUUCUACCUUGGCCUUCUCCUUCUUCUGGUCACCUGAUCAUAGCCAUCUCUUUCCAGAGGCGUGAGAAAUCCUCCGCCUUUCCUGCAAUUCCAUCUAGACCUCUCCUCCUUAGUCACCUGACCAAAACCACAGACGCGCGGUGUUUUCCGUCUCAGGGUCGGGGCCCACCGAUACCACCGCCGGAUACAUACGGGCCCAUGUGCAAUCCCACGCCAGCACCAGCAAGUCCCGGUGACGUGCUAUCCACACCUCUAUCCCCAUCAACCAAUCCCCACUGUUAUUUACUGGAUGGGCAUUUAAUAAACCCAACGUCGGUGUGCACCGGCACCGAAUCCACUCGUCCCAUUGUUCACGGCCUAAUUCUUUUUAUUGAGAUUCUGGGUUUCCCGCCCCUCUCAGACUUAAUUCUGGCUCAGUUUCUUCUCCCCUUAAUCGUUUUCGGAGUUGGGACAGAGGUAUCUCGUCCUCUUCCUUCCACUCAUUCCUUUCCUCAUUUUCGGAAGACUUCAAGCCUUACUCCUGAACCUCGCCACACGGGUCUCUCGUCUUUGUUAUAG